UCGAACGGGGCAGCGACACCGCUGUUGAAAAGCUUCUUCACUCAAAUGCCAGUGUAGAAGAGGAAGAUGAUGAAGGACGGACAGUUUUGCAUCUUGCUGUACAACAUGAUCGGAAAAUGUUGCUUGAUCUACUGUUAGAGUAUAAGGAAAAUUUGAACAAUCUCGACAGUAAAGGCAAAUCAGCUUUGCAUUAUGCUUUAGAGAAUGCUUUAGGAACAGGUGACCCAAAUAUGGCUUGCUGGAGCGAAAGGGUCUUUGUUAAA